AUAGGUAUUUAUUGAAACUUUAUGAUUUUUAAAUAGGCAAUAAUUUUAUUUAUUUAUCAGAUAAUAUUAGCAAGUUUAAUAUGUAUUUAUAUGUAUGUUGAAAUGUAGAAGGAGCUAGUUAUGAAGUUACGUCCAUAAACUUUACCUUGGGACUUCCAGUAUUUUAUUGUAGUAAUGGUACCUUUGUGUACCAGUCACUGAGUUACUGGAAACUUGGUAUUUGAGUGGAAUUGAUCUUAUAGACAAUGCAUGAUUGGGCAUCUUAUUACAAGAUGAUAACUGCUGCAUAGUCAUAGGAAUAUAAGGGAAGUUAUUAGUCAUGGCAGACUUUAGUUCAUUGGUGGUAUCUGCUCCAGGAAAGGUGAUCUUGCAUGGUGAACAUGCAGUUGUGUAUGGCAAGGUUUCUCUUGCAGCAAGUGUUGAUCUUAGAACGACACUUACCUGGGAGAAGCUAACAAAUAAUACUGUAGAGCUGCAUCUGCACAAUCUUGGAUUCUCCUCAUCAUGGACAACUGAUCAGUUGAAGAAUCUUCAACUUUCUCCCAGUCUUGAUGUUGAUGCUUUUAAAAUAUUUCUUGGUUCUCAAAACCACUCUGAGGUUGCCUUUACUGCUGUCCACGCUUUUGUUUAUCUCUAUAGAUCUAUUUAUGAUGGAAGCUCGCUCCCUGGAAAAUUUUCGUUAAAAUCAGACAUUCCUGUUGGUGCUGGUUUGGGUUCAUCUGCAUCAUACUGCACAGUCCUAGCGACAGCAAUGUUGGUCACCUCCAAUGUGUUUGAACCAGAGGCUGUUACAAGGUUUGAGCCACAAUCUCACAGUGACUGCUCAAGAGAUAAAUGCUUAAGAAUGAUAAGUGAUUGGGCAUAUAAAGCAGAACAAAUCAUUCAUGGAACACCAUCUGGGAUUGAUAAUACUGUCAGUACUUAUGGUGGGUUUCUACAAUUUCAAUCUGGGCAUAUGGAAAAUAUUAGGACAGUUCAAGAAUUAAAUAUAUUCCUUGUCAACAGUAAUAUUCCACGCAGCACAAAAACUAUGGUAGAUGAUUUACGUCAAAGAUACCAGGAGGGGCCACAAGUCUACGAUCAUUUAUUCAAUGCUAUUAAUGAUAUAUCCGUGGAAUGUAGAAAGAUACUGGAAGAGCAGAACUCUUCGAAAAAUGCAGGCGCUUUUACAGAUGAGAAGGAUGAUUUUAUAAAGCUUCAGAAGUUGAUUGAUUUAAACCAGGAUAUUUUACGAACGAUUGGCGUGAGUCACCCUGUAAUAGAUAAAGUCUGUGAGAUCACGUUAGGAUAUGGACUACACUCAAAGUUGACAGGUGCUGGUGGAGGUGGUUGUCUGAUCACCCUUCUAAACCAAGCCAUAAAGUCGGACACUUUGGAUAAACUACAAAAAGAUUUAAAGGAACUUGGUUGCGAUUCCUGGAAGACAAAAUUAGGAGGAAACGGAAUGACUAUAGACAAAUGGACGCAUUUGGUGGGAAAAAUUUUGCCGAGAAAUAUCUAUUUCGGAAAUUCAACCGUUUCGUUCCUCGCGCUGAACUUCAUUUGAACCCAUCAAACACAA